AAACUUUGUAACUGCGCCUUUACUUGCUUUUCUUCGAGUAUAAACUAUUGCCAGAACUAUUUAAAUCAUCAAAUAGACAAGUAUAAACGCAAAAUAAAUUAAUUAAAAUACAUCAAAAGUGACAAUAAAGAUUUCAGGAAUCAGAUAAAGUCAACAGAUCAUAAGUAAUCUUUGCUGCUUUUUUGUGAGAGACAAGCUGAAAGAAAAAAAAUUGUUUAAAUCAUGAGAAACAGAACGGAAUUAGUCACAAAUACUGGAUCCGAUUACGAUGAAGAGGCAGGCGAAUUUGAUGCUGAUGAUGGAUCAGACGAUUGGAAACCAGACCCAGAAGAUAAAAAAGUGAAGAAAGGAGGAAAACGUAAAGCUACAGCAACAAAAACAUCUGCCAAAAAAAAGAAGCCUAGAAAGGACGAAUCUGAGUCUGAAGAGGAGGAAGAAGACGAAGAGGAAUAUGACGAUGACGAAAUUGGCGAGGAGGAGGAAAUGGAGACUAGCACGAAAUCACAAGGAGGCAGCAGCAAGAAGUCUAGUAAUAAAAAAGUAUCAUCAGAAGCUGAUGCCAGAAACUUCCCCGAUCGUCAAGGAGUGUUUUCUCUGUACGCAUAUAAAGGAGACUUGAAGAAUGGCUUAAGAGCAAAUACAAAUAUCUGUUUGUGGCGUCGUGAUGGACAAUCUCUCCUUCAAAAGUAUUUACGUGAUAAGGAAUCGUCAGGCAACUCGGUAUUCUUUAAUUCCUCAAUGGUCUAUUCAUGUUGGGAAGAUCGUCGUAAAGAUGAGUUCCUCGAAGUAAAAGUAAAAUGUGUCGCAAAUACAGGCAAAGACUCAACACGCGACUCAAAAGUCGAAUUAUUAGACAUUGAUGGAAUUGAACAGACUUGUAUUGACGGCAAAUUUCACGAAUUGGAUCUAGAACCGUAUGUAAGCUAUGCUGAUAAGAAAAAGGAGGAAGAUGCUCUUAACGGUACACAAUCAAGUCAGGUACAGGAAGACGAAGAGGAAGUAUCUGAAGGAGAAGAAUAAAUUAUUUUGCGUACAACAUUAAGAUGAUUGAUAAUUUCUUUCUAAGAAAAAAA